AUGGAAGAAGAUGGACUCACUCUAGCCCGAUUCUCAACCUCAAGCUUCAAUGAAACUCAUUUGCAUAUCGCCGCCAUGCUAGGUCACCUACCUUUUGCAGAGGCAGUUUUGAAUAGUAGACCACAACUUGCCUCAGAGUUGGAUUCUCAAGGGCUUUCACCUCUUCCCUUGGCCUCUUCCAAUGGCUACACUGAAAUGGUUAAGUUGCUAUUGUUAGUGGAUCCUUAUAUGCGUCUUGUUCGAGAUGAAGAUUGUAGAACCCCUCUUCAUCUAGCCGUAAUGAAAGGCCGGAUUGAUGUUAUACAAGAGUUGGUGCAUGUGAAUCCUGAUGCAGCUCAAUAUACACUGGCGGAGGGAGACACCCUCCUACACUUGACUGUGAAACACAACCGUUUGAAAACUGUAAAGCUCUUGGUGGAACAGGGCAGGGACAGGGAUACUGUAAACAUCAAAGAACAUGAUGGAAAAACACUAUCUUGA